UUUGAUAGCAAACUGGCAAGAGCUACUGUACUUUUAGUUUUUUACAGUGAUUUCAUACAGGUCACCAUUUGAACAUGACAAUACUCUGCAAAAAACUACAUUUGAGUCAUCCAUGGAGGAACACACAUCAGAGAAUGGGAUUAGUCUGGAAAACAGAGGAUAUUGCCUGGAAUACAGAACUCCAUCAUAUGGGAAUUCCUGCAGCAAAGUUGUGUCCAAUCAAGAAUUAAGUCCCUAAGUACGCACACUCCUCAUGUUAUCUCCUAACAACACACAGAUUCUUUCAAUUUUCAGUUGUUUAUUCUGUGCCAUUCAAUCACCCAAGCAGGAUGAAUCACAGCGUUGUAACUGAGUUCAUUAUUCUGGGCCUCACCAAAAAGCCUGAACUCCAGGGAAUUAUCUUCCUCUUUUCUCUCAUUAUCUAUCUUGUGGCUUUUCUCGGCAACAUGCUCAUCAUCAUUGCCAUAAUCUAUAACAACACCUUGCAUACUCCCAUGUAUAUUUGCCUUCUGACACUGGCUGUUGUGGACAUCAUCUGCACAACAAGCAUCAUACCGAAGAUGCUGGGGACCAUGCUAACAUCAGAAAAUACCAUUUCAUAUGCAGGCUGCAUGUCCCAGCUCUUCUUCUUCACAUGGUCUCUGGGAGCUGAGAUGGUUCUCUUCACCAUCAUGGCCUAUGACCGCUAUGUGGCCAUUUGUUUCCCUCUUCAUUACAGUACUAUUAUGAACCACCAUAUGUGUGCAUCCUUGCUCAGCAUGGUCAUGGCUAUCGCAGUCACCAAUUCCUGGGUGCACACAGCUCUCAUCAUGAGGUUGACUUUCUGUGGGCCAAACACCAUUGACCACUUCUUCUGUGAGAUACUCCCAUUGCUGGCUUUGUCCUGUAGCCCUGUAAGAAUCAAUGAGGUGAUGGUGUAUGUUGCUGAUAUUAGCCUGGCCAUAGGGGACUUUAUUCUUACCUGCAUCUCCUAUGGUUUUAUCAUUGCUGCUAUUCUCCGUAUCGGCACAGUAGAAGGCAAGAGGAAGGCCUUCUCAACAUGCUCAUCCCAUCUCAUAGUGGUGACCCUUUACUAUUCUCCUGUAAUCUACACCUAUAUCCGCCCUGCUUCCAGCUAUACAUUUGAAAGAGACAAAGUGGUAGCUGCACUCUAUACUCUUGUGACUCCCAUAUUAAACCCGAUGGUGUACAGCUUCCAGAAUAGGGAGAUGCAGGCAGGAAUUAGGAAGGUGUUUGCAUUUCUGAAACACUCAUAGUUUCAACAUGGAACAUCACCUCUGUACUCUAGAACCAUCUUCUAGAGCAUCUCAGACUUUACUGAUUUUUCAUAGUUAUCUCCAUUCCAAAUUUUCCCUUCCCUCUUAUUCCUGCCUUCUUCCUAGCAGUCUCAUUGUCUCCAAAAUUCUGUACUCUUUAUGUGAAGAAUAUUCAUAAAGCAAUAUGCACAAUACCCUCACAUAUAUAUAAUAUACAUUCCAACAUUGUCCAAAAAUAUGUACAUAACUUCGAAUACUUAUAUAUGCAUAUACACAAAUAUUUACCUAUACGUGCAUGUGCACAUCAUACAUGCAAAUAUCACAAAACAUUUUGUGUAUUUUGUGCCAUUUAUUUGUUGGUAUGUGAAUGUCAGCUGGAGAGGAGUGUGUGUGAUAAAUUUUCCCUUGCUUAAUAGGCUGGGUUCAUUCACUUAGAACAUUGUGAUAAUCAGGCAUCUAAUCUGGGGUUGAACCUCAUUACGUUAUUUAGAUUUCAUUGGAGAAAAACCAUGCUCUACUGAAUAAAAUUAUUGGGCAAAUUCUAAAGUCUCCAUGUGUUCAGGAAAAAGUGACACAAUAUUACUUCAGUCCUUUUAAACCAGUGAGUAGACUCAUGCCUCCUGCAAUAUUAGUCUGACAUUAGGCAGUCAACAGUGUGUAUGGCAGUUCAGUGGGGCCAUCAAUGAAGUAGGCACCUUCAGUCAUCUUGUUCUGCCCUUCAACAUUGUUUUCCCUAGGAUCAUGAAUGGCUUUUGUAUUACUAGGCAUCUCAUCCAUAACCCAAGUAGAAUGAAGGUUAAAGACAGAGAUUUCACGGGGCAAAUGAAGCAUUGUCUAUUAUUUUUAUAAGGUUAACCCAGUAAAUAUAAGCUACAUCACACUGGCUAUAGCUAUAUUACACCAUUUCAAGUUGUAAGCACCAAUUGGAAGAGUAUAUUCUAAAAUUAGGCACUUGGCACCCCUGAAAAAAUUUGGAUGUAACAUAGAUUGGAUAAGAAAUGGGUGUCUAUACUAUGGCAGUUGCUAUGAGUAUCUACUAGCAAAUGUAUCAUAAAUGCAGAUUUGAAGUCACAAACUAAAUCGUGAAAUAAAAUUAGGUUGAGAGAGUGAGAAUGCCAAAACUGAGGCUAUACAAUAAAAAUAUACAACACAUCUUAUAACAAGUUGGAAGAAAUAUAUCAUUUGCUGUGAUUAGUAAAGCAUAUUUUUACAAUAUGUUUCCACAAUUAUGAAAACAUGUUGGAAUUUUGCCUUACAAAUACAUCUGGAGCAGUUGUGUC